CCGGCCCGCGGCAGUUGGUCGCUACCGAGGUGUGGAGCGGGCUCCGCGGGGGUCGCCCGGCGGGCUCUCGGGCGAGGGGCGCGGGCUCGGCCCCGCGCGGCCUCCGGGCCGCCGCCGCUCUCCUUGGGUCCCGGCCAUGAACUUCUCCGAGCUCUUCAGGCUGUCGGGCCUGCUGUGCCGGUUCUCCCCGGACGGCAAGUACCUGGCUUCGUGUGUCCAGUACCGUUUAGUGGUCCGAGAUGUGAACACUCUUCAGAUCCUCCGGCUGUACACCUGCCUGGACCGGAUCCAGCACGUGGAGUGGUCAGCAGACUCCCUGUUCAUCCUGUGCGCCAUGUACAGGCGCGGGUUGGUGCAGGUCUGGUCCUUGGAACAGCCAGAAUGGCACUGCAAAAUAGAUGAGGGCUCUGCGGGGCUGGUGGCUUCCUGCUGGAGCCCGGACGGACGCCACAUUCUCAACACAACUGAAUUCCACCUGCGGAUAACUGUCUGGUCAUUGUGUACAAAAUCUGUAUCUUACAUCAAAUAUCCUAAAGCGUGCCAGCAGGGCGUGGCCUUCACCAGGGACGGCCGCUACAUGGCCUUGGCCGAGCGGCGGGACUGCAAGGACUACAUUAGCAUCUUCGUCUGCAGCGACUGGCAGCUCCUCCGGCACUUUGAUACAGAUACCCAGGAUCUCACAGGGAUUGAGUGGGCACCAAAUGGCUGCGUGCUGGCUGCGUGGGACACCUGUCUGGAGUACAAGAUCCUGCUGUACUCACUGGAUGGCCGGCUGCUCUCCUCGUACAGCGCCUACGAGUGGUCUCUGGGCAUCAAGUCCGUGUCCUGGAGCCCCAGCAGUCAGUUCCUGGCGAUCGGAAGCUAUGAUGGGAAGGUGCGCAUUCUCAACCACGUGACUUGGACAGUGGUCACUGAGUUUGGGCACCCUGCAACUGUCAACAACCCCAAGAUAAUUGUGUACAAGGAAGCAGAGAAGAGCCGGAAGCUGGGCCACCUCCCCUUCCCUCCCCCUAAAACAGGGGCCAGCACGCUGACACCCCCAGAGACUAAAUACGAGAUCGCCACAGGACCAGUUUCUUUACAGACUUUGAAACCUGUCACUGACAGAGCAAAUCCUAAAAUCGGCGUGGGCAUGUUGGCCUUCAGCCCUGACAACUACUUCCUGGCAACGAGAAAUGACAACGUGCCGAACGCCGUCUGGGUCUGGGACCUGCAGAAGCUCAGGCUGUUCGUGGUGCUGGAGCAGCUGUCCCCAGUGCGCGCCUUCCAGUGGGACCCGCAGCAGCCGCGCCUGGCCAUCUGCACAGGGGGCGGCAAGGUCUACCUGUGGUCCCCUGUGGGCUGCGUGUCGGUGCAGGUGCCGGGGGAAGGUGACUUCCAGGUACUUUCUCUGUGCUGGCAUUUAAGUGGGGACUCCAUUGCCCUCCUCAGUAAAGACCACUUCUGCCUCUGCUACCUGGAGACCGAGGAGGCGGCCAGCCCGGCCUUUGGGCGGCAGCUACAUCUGAGGGCCUGAGUGUGGCCAUGCUGGCGUCACAGGGGGACACUUUUGCAGGUGGUGGUGGGUGGGGGGACGGG